AUGUUCCGGCACGAGUCGGCUGACACGUGGCGUCGACGUCCACUGGAGCGUCGUACAACGGACGCCAGACGGGGCUCGGUCGUCGAUUGGAUCAACGGACUUACGGAUAACAAUCCGAAACCCCAAGGAUCCGCCGCGACGAACGCUUGGACCACUAGGUGGGCUAUGAUAAAAUUCGUUUUUUCUGGAAAGUUGACAUAUCCGAACAGAUGGGGGUUGGAGAAGCUCGAGGAGACCUGAUAAGGAGAUUUUAUUUUAAGUUUCGGUUAAGACUUUUUCUGAAAGUUUGCUGGUCUAGUUUUUAACAAAUUUCCUGUAGAUGUGAAGUUUCAAAUUUGAAAAAUUGGUGUUGAAUACAAACCCUGCCAAUAACAUUUUUCCAUUUCAAACGUUAAAAUCUCAGAAAGCAGAUCAUUGGCCAUCUAGCGACUAUAAGGUACUUCUGUUUAGUCCUGCAAAGAGUAGUAGGACGAAUUUUCAGAAAACUUGGAGCUUCAGAGCAGAAUGACCUCAUUUGUGAGUAAAAACGAUUUUCAUUGAGUUCGUUGGUUUGAAAAAAGUUGAACUAGACCUUCGGAUCUUAAAAAGCUUUUUGGAACUCUAUAAAUGUUAUAUCGACUUUGUCGGGUUAUUUGAACAGUUUUAUGAGAUCCUACGCAUUUCAAAAAGUUUAUGGAGGUUUUGGCACGCUUUUGAGAAUGCUUAAAUUUUUAUAUUGACUUUUUAGGGUAAUUUGAAAAUUUUUAUGAGAUCCUGCGCAUUUUUAUAAGGUUUUUGGUUCUUUCAGCAAGCUUUUGGAAACGCGUUGAAUUUUAUAUCGUAUUUAUUAGAAAAAUUCAAAAAGUUACGAGAUUUUGUGCUCUUUUAAAAAGAUUUUGGUGGUUUUGGCAAGCUUUUGAGAGCUUUGUAAAUUUUAUAUCGAGUUUUUUGGAUAAUUUAGAAAAUUAUGAGAUCUUAAGUAUCUCUGAAAGGUUCUUGGAGAUUUUGGUAACCUUGGAGAACACUAUGAAGUAGUUGGAAUCGAAAAUCAUGUAUUCAGAAGCGAAGACGAAAGGGAGACCCGGAAUGGAAGCGUGGCGGCGGUUGAAGACGUCGCGCCGGAUGAGACCACCCAACAUAAAGACCAACUGAUUUGCAACCUGAAGAGAGAGGUUGGAAAAAGCUACUUUCCGUAUUUAUUUCACUUAGGUACAUAGAAAUUUAUAUUUCCUUUGGAUUCACUGAGAAACCUUUUCACAGAGGUAUCAUUGCGAAAAAUGAAAGAGAAGUAAUUGGAAGCGAUCCUUUAAGGGGCCACUUCAAACGCAAAAACCGUGAGUAGUCAUUUCGAAAUCCUCCUGAGGUCCUGAGGAAAUUUUCCUAGGAAAUUUCCGUCCAAAAAUCACUUGAGGGAUCACUUGGACGAUAAAGUCUUCGAACGGUUUCUAAAAAAAUCAGAGAUGAAUUAUUUCUUUUUUUGAAAGAGGUUGAGAAUUUUUUACAAUGGGAAAGAUUCGAAGAAGCUGAAGUGACCACUUAAGUAAAUUCUAGGAGUUUGAGUCUUGAAAUUUUUCAUUAUUUUUUUAGUGAGAAGCUUAAUUUUGAGAAGCUGAAGUGAUCAUUAGAGAAAUCCUCCGGAGGUCCUGAGGAAAUUUUCCUAGGAAAGUUCCGUCCAAAAAUCACUUGAGGGAUCACUUGGACCAUAGAGCCUUCAAAUGGUUUCUAAAGAACCACGGAUGAAUUCUUUCUUCUUUGAAAAGGUUCAUGAAGUUUUUCUCGUCAGUGGGAAGAAUUUGGAGAAGAUGAAGUGGCCACUUAAGUUAAUUCUAGAAGUUUGAGCCUUAAAAUUUUCAUUAUUUUUUUUGAGAAGCCUAAUUUUGAGAAGCUGAAGUGACCACUUAAGAAGAAGAUAGGUCUUUGAGCCUUUGAAUUCUCAUUAAAUUUAGUUGAAAGCCUGAAAUUUCGAAAUCUCCUGACUCCCUGAUGAAGUUUGUCUAUUCUAAAGUCGAUGAUCCGUCCAAAAAAUCACUUGAGGGGUCACUUGAAACAUAAAACAAGAAAAUAAUAAUAUAGGAAUACAAAAAAAUAUGAGAAGCCCCUUCAGGCGCAGAUUUUCUGUGCUUUUCACUUACCUCUCAAAAAUCAAAUUUGUAUUUUUGUGAUUUUUAUUGAACAUGUAUGGUCAUUUUCCUAUCGGGAUUUUUAAGCUUCAUUUUUUUUUUGACACUAUCACUUCAAUUUUACAUAUUGACAGGUAAAAGUGAUAAUGGAAGAAGCCGUGACUCGUCGAAACCUCGACCUCAACUCACCCUACGUCACUUCGCUCUGCGGUUCGUCUUUCCUAAUAGCCGGCUUCUCCAUUUUUUCCUUCUCUCUUCUUUUUUUUUCUUCUUCAUAAUUUGCCCCGACGCGGAACUUAACGCUCCGGAUUAUGUAAUUAUGGAGGAAUGGAGUGGAAAAAAAAAGAAAAGAAAGAAAAAAGGGAUCAUUCAGGGCAUUUGCCUUGGAAAGGUCGAGGUUUUGGGGGACAAUGAGAGAAGGUUUUUUUAGGUUGGGAGAUUGAUAUUUUAUAGGAAUUUGAACAAUUUUUUUCUGGAAGAAAAAGGUUACAAAAAUUGACUAGUUUAGGGCUUUUUUGUUAGGAUACUGUGCUCUAUUGAUAUUUUCUGAUGUUUUCGAAAUUCAAACGUUUUUUCCCUGGAAAAAAAAUUGACUAAAAAAGCUUGAGGCCGUUUUGAUUUUGGAGAUAGUGUUCUAUUGAUAAAUUUGAUAAUGAUUUAUUGGAGUUGAAAAAACGAAAAAUAAUAAAUCCUUAUAGCUUGAUGCUAUUUUAGAGGAGUAAGCUGCGUUCAAGUGAUAAAAUUGGUGUAUUUUCUCAUUUUAUAUCUAACUUACGAACGAUUUUCAAAAGUUAGACAAAGUGUUUUUUCGAAUUAACUAUAUUGUACUAGUAGAAAAUUUUGAAAUUAGUUUGCUCUUAAUUUCUUUAUUUGAUGACUUUUUAUAGCUCUUUUACUGUAGACUUUUUUUCGGUCAGACUAUUUUUUCAUAUGAAUCAUCUCAAGAGGCUGUUAUUAGGAUUGUAAAUGCGCUCCCAAGACAAUUUAACUUUUAAGUAUGAGUCAUAUAUUUUCGGUUGAAAAAUACCUUGAUAUAUUAGAAACCGCUUGAGGGAACAUUUUUGAAAGUAUCAAGAAUUUUUGAGCUUUUUUUGUGUUUUUCCCAACUGGAUCUUUGUGUUCAGUGUAUUAGCCGACGCUCGAACGGCUUCUAGGUGGCCUCGAGACCGGAAAUUGUCGUUUCCUGACUGUUCAACGAGUAAAAAAAAGAAGAACAAGACUAGAAAGGAGCAAAAUGCUGUUAGAAUUGUGAAGAUGUAGAUUUUGAAGAUUUUGAAGAGAAGACUGAAUGAAAAGGGAGCUCCCUUUGGCAGGAAGUUGUUCUUUCAAAAGUCGAAAAUUGCUUUAAGGGUGUCUUUCCUGAAGAGAAAACUGACAGGUGCGAAAAUUGAAAGGGUAAAUUUUGUGACUUGGAAUAAGCAGAAAAAAAAUCUCCGCGCAACCCAAAGAAUGAUUUUUAAAAAGUGGAUAUCUUUCUGAUCUUAUCGCAGACCAGUUUGAAAAAUCUUUUUAGUGGCCACUAUAGAGGCUCGCCAAGGAUUACUUGGAGAAGACACUAAAGUGGCCACUAUAUUCCGUUUUAGUAGCCACUAUAGAGAUUCUAUAUUUACUAGCCACUUCAGUAGUUAUUAUCCAGUAUUCCUUCCAGUAACUCUGAUAAUUUUAAAAAAGCAGAUUGGAUCAGUUACGCUGAUUUAUUGCCCCCCUGAAGUGGCCACUAUAAUUUUUAGUGGUCUAGUAGUAGCACUUAGACCUUUAUAGUGGGCAUUAAUUUUUAACCCCUUAGGUCGCCGCUAAUUUGACUACUAUAGUGGCCACUGAAGCGUUUUUUUUAAUUUUUCAAAAUUUUCCCAGUCCGCCUGCGGUCCCAAAGGUUAAUCAGUCUCGAUUUUAGCGGCGGUGGACGCCUGUCUGAUGGACGGCCUUCGUAGAAGACUCCUCGGCCUUUUCGGAUGUCGAUCCUCCCUGGCUCUUCUGCAUUCUCUCGCCAAACAGAAUGCCACCGCCGAGAACGUCCUCAGCAAGACGUUGACCAAUAAUCAGUGGGUUUUUUUUGGAUAAACUCUAACGAAAACUUUUCUUUCGUUAAAGUAAGAUAUUAGGUAAAUAAGUGAGAUUGAAACCACAGUCUACAACCAUUGAAUAAGAUCUUUCGUUGUUUAUUUUUAAUUUCUUACUGAAACGUAUCCAUUCCAGGAAACACGGCCUGGCCCCCCAUUUGGUCUGGAUCCGAGAAGCGCUCCACAUGAGGGCUCUGUCCACGAUUAUUCAUCAUAUUAACACGGCUAAAAAGUAA